CAUGCCCCCUGCGGCUGCAGCCAUUGGCCGUGUGCCGAAAGUCACGUAAUCCACGGUUUGGGAGUUGCAGUUGUUACCUUCGACUCGACUCGGGCCGACACGCGCGAUGCAUUGGAGUGAGUGAGUCAGAGUGCCGCGAAUGCAACCGUCUGCGAAGGGUAAACAAUCACCCCCUCCCAUCAUUCCAUCCCAAGGAAUCCCGUGCAGCAAGUUUCGUCAUACCGCGCGUGCCCUCACUUUCCAGUCCGGUGCUGCGUGUGCGUUGUUCCCUGUGCGCUGCUAGGUUUUUCACGGGCUCACUUUCAAGCGACCAGUCGAACGUGAGCGUUCGUGACCCGCGUUGACCUCCGGCGUUGAGUGUGUCUUGUGAUCUGUUUGAACGUGAAAGCAAAAGCGUCGAAAAUUGGCCAACGGUUGGCCUAGGUUCGAGAGCAAGAACAAAAAAAAAAAGCACCAAUUUGGCACAGAUUGCCUUUUUGCCUCUUUCUUAUCGCACCACGGUUGCAGUUGUUAGCGCUGUUACCAUGGCAGCAGCACAAGUGGAGCAGCAGCUUCCGCUACCGUCCGACGCAACAAAGAUCGUGAAAGCGAAACCCGCCCGGAAGGUGUUCAAGGGUGCGUCGCGCGUGGUCAACAAAAUCCCGGCCAGCCUGCUGAACGAUCCGGAGCUGAACGAGGCCAUCGCCGCCCUGCCCGCCAACUACAACUUCGAGGUGCACAAAACGAUCUGGCGGGUGCGGGAAACGAAGGCGCAGCGGGUGGCACUGCAGAUGCCCGAGGGUCUGCUGAUGUUCUCGCUCGUGCUGAGCGACAUUAUCGAGCGGUUCACCGAGGCGGACACCGUCAUCAUGGGUGACGUCACGUACGGGGCCUGCUGCGUGGACGAUUUCACUGCCAAGGCGCUCGGGGCGGACCUGCUGGUGCACUACGGGCACAGCUGCCUGAUACCGAUCGAUCAGACCACCGGCAUCAAGGUGCUGUACGUGUUCGUGGACAUCAAGAUCGACACGCUGCACUUCGUCGAGAGCGUCAAGCGUAACUUUCCCCGCGACCGGCCGCUAGCGUUCGUCAGCACGAUCCAGUUCGUGGCGACGCUGCACGCGGCCGCCAAAGAGCUGCGCGAGGCGGCCGGAUACGAUGUGCUCAUACCGCAGUCCAAGCCGCUCAGCCCGGGCGAGAUUUUGGGCUGCACGGCCCCGCGGCUGCAGGCGGGCGGUGGGAUGGAACAAUCGUCGGCGGCGGCAGCACCCCGCACCCUCAUCUACCUGGGCGAUGGGCGGUUCCAUCUGGAGGCGGCCAUGAUUGCCAAUCCGGGCCUCGAGGCGUACAAGUACGACCCGUACGAGAAGAAGUUUACCCGCGAGCUGUACGACCACGAGGCGAUGCGGCGCAACCGCAAGCGCGCGAUCGAUGAGGCGCGCGAUGCCCGCCGGUUCGGGCUGAUACUGGGGACGCUGGGUCGCCAGGGCUCGACCAAGGUGCUGGAGCAUCUGGAGCGCCGGCUGAAGCAUCACGGCCGGGACGCGGUCAUCAUACUGCUGUCGGAGAUCUUCCCCACCAAGCUGGCCCGCAUGGAGCACAUUGACGCGUUCGUGCAGGUUGCCUGUCCGCGACUGUCCAUCGACUGGGGCACCGCCUUUCCGAAGCCGCUGCUCACACCGUACGAGCUGUCCGUCGCGCUCGGCGAUGCCGAAUGGAACAUACCGGAGUGUACGGCGGCGACGGAGGAGAAACCCAAACCAGCGCCCAACCUGGAGGUGGCCUACCCGAUGGACUUUUACGCGAACGCGAGCCUCGGCGAAUGGACGCCCAACUUCAAGAAGCUUGACAUCUGUGAAAACUCGACCGGCGGCUGCUGUGGCCGCUGCAAGGACGAAAAAGACAGGGAGCAAAAGGCGGGAAAGGAGAACGUCUCGCAGCAGCAGCAGCAGAAACAACUGUCGCUUAGUGUGGAGGAGGAGUAGAAGCGGUGUGGGACACGACGGGGCGCGACUACAAGUCUUUCGUGACGCUAACUUAAUGCAGCUGCCUAUGACAGAACUAUUUGGCUAACAGAUAUAAUAUACAUACUCGUGUACUCGUGUAUCUAGGACAUAACAUUAGGGUUUUUGUAAGUACUAGGCACUAACACGGUGGGUGCGCAAAACUAAAACUGCCACAACGCUCUCCGUAUGCAAACAGCUUUUGCGUACGAGAGUUUACGUUAGUGAUGGGCACUCGUAGAGUUGAUAAGAACGUGUAAAUAUAAAUUACUUAUGCCGUAUUUAAAGAAUAAUUCCACAA